AUGGAGCCCAGGGGCAUCUUGAAGGCAUUUCCCAAGCGGAAGAAAAUUCACACCAACCCAUCAUCAAAAGUUCUUGCAAAGAUUCCUAAGACGGAAGACAGAGAAGCAGCAGGAGAGUGGCUGAGCUCCGUGCGGGUGCACGUUGUGCCCACCGGCAUUGGGAGAGCCCGGGCAGAACUCUUUGAGAAGCAGAUUGUCCAGCAUGGUGGCCAGAUAUGCCCUGCUCAGGCCCCAGGGGUCACUCACAUUGUGGUGGAUGAAGGCAUGGACUGUGAGCGAGCCCUCCGCCUCCUUAGACUGCCCCAGCUGCCCCCAGGUGCUCAGCUGGUGAAGUCAGCCUGGCUGAGCUUGUGCCUGCAGGAGAGAAGGCUGGUGGACACAGCAGGAUUCGGCAUCUUCACCCCCAAGAGGUACCUGGAUGAAGCACAGCUCAGCAAGGCAGACCAACUCUCUUUUACACCUCCUGGAGCCGGUGAGGCUCAGCCCAGGACAGCCCUGUCUCCUCCCCGACCUCCCACCAGACCUGUAUCUCCUGCCUGGAGGGCAGAGGCAGUUGCAAGCAUCCAAGCCCAGACUAGCUCUGAUGGUGAAACCAGUGAUGGGGAAGAGACCCAAGUUAGCGGUGCUGAUCUGGAAGCCCUGAUCAGCGGCCGCUACCCCACCCCCUUUGAGGGAGAUGGUGAGCCUAGCCCAGCCCCCAAGGGCCUGGAUAAGUGGGUCUGUGCACAGCCUUCGAGCCAGAAGGCAGUCAACCACAACCCCCAUAUCACAGAGAAGCUGGAAGUAUUGGCCAAAGCCUACAGUGUUCAGGGAGACAAGUGGAGGGCCCUGGGCUAUGCCAAGGCCAUCAAUGCCCUGAAGAGCUUCCACAAGCCUGUCACCUCCUACCAGGAGGCCUUUGGCAUCCCUGGGAUUGGAAAGCGGAUGGCUGAGAAGAUUGUCGAGAUCCUGGAGAGCGGGCAUCUGCGGAAGCUGGACCACAUCAAUGAAAGCGUGCCUGUCUUAGAGCUCUUCUCCAACAUCUGGGGAGCUGGAACCAAGACUGCCCAGAUGUGGUACCAUCAGGGUUUCCGGAGCUUAGAAGACAUCCAAAACCAGGCCUGUCUGACUACCCAGCAGUCCAUUGGCCUGAAGCAUUAUGAUGACUUCCUAGACCGCAUGCCCAGGGAGGAGGCUGCAGAGAUUGAGCAGACAGUCCGGGAAGCAGCUCAGGCCUUCAACCCCGGGCUCCUUUGCGUGGCAUGUGGUUCAUACCGACGGGGAAAGGCAACCUGUGGUGAUGUGGAUGUGCUGCUCACCCACCCGGAUGGCCGCUCUCACCAGGGCAUCUUCAGCUGCCUCUUGGACAGCCUCCGGCAGCAAGGGUUCCUGACGGAUGACCUGGUGAGCCACGAGGAGAACGGCCAGCAGCAGAAGUACCUGGGUGUGUGCCAGCUCCCGGGGCCAGGGCGGCGGCACCGACGACUGGACAUCAUCGUCGUUCCCUACAGCGAGUUCGCUUGUGCCCUGCUCUACUUCACCGGCUCUGCCCACUUCAACCGCUCCAUGCGGGCUCUGGCCAAGACCAAGGGCAUGAGCUUGUCAGAGCAUGCCCUCAGCACAGCUGUGGUCCGCAAUGCCCAAGGCCACAAGGUGGGCUCUGGCCAAGUGCUGCCCACCCCCACUGAGAAGGAUGUCUUCAGGAUCUUAGGCCUGCCCUACCGAGAACCCGCUGAGCGGGACUGGUGA